CUCUGAUUGGCCACGCUGUCUGCCAAUCAAGGGUGGGCGGGGCCUGUGGAAGUGAAGACGACCGAGCUGUCAAAACGCAACAAUCGCCUCUGAAUUAUCGCCGCGGGGGGAGAGAAACACCCAGCCAGCCUCGACGGGAGUCAAGGGGGAAUAACAGCGACGGGUUUUGAACGCCGCUUUUCCGCGGAAUUACGGACAAAAGUCCGCGGCGUCCUGCUUUAUUUUGGGCUAACGUCUGCUAGCUUGAGGUUGUUUUUGAUAAACCGAGCUAGCUAGCUAACUGAAGCCAGUUAGCGUUUUAGCACACACGCCUCUCAUUUUGUUUAAAGUCAUUGUUUUCAAUUUUCUGAAGGUGUAACACCGAAUAUUCAACAUGAAUGUGGCCAAGCCCUAACAGGUUCUGUCCGACAUGUGAGAACCACCCCCCCCCAUCACCAGUCCUAGUCGACCCACCCACUGAGCCCUUGACCUCUUUGCUCCAACCCUGUGCGAUUGUCAUGUGGACAAUAACAUCCAGAACAAGACUCCCGUUAACCUCUCUGGUGUCGCCAUCUUUAUCGUCACUGUCAUCAACGCUAUGGACCGGAAUAAACGCAACUCCAUCGCUGGGUUUCCCAUGCGGCCCGAGCGCCUCGCUGAGGACAGAGACGGCCUUGGCGGCGUAGGCGUGUGUGAGAUGGGCAUGGGGCCGCCAUCAUCGCAGGUGGGCAGGGUGUGCCCAUCCUCCUACAGAGCCCUUAUCAGUGCCUUCUCCUGCCUUACUCGCCUGGACGACUUCACCUGCGAGUGGAUCGGCUCAGGCUUCUUCUCCGACGUUUACAAGGUGUGGCACCGCGCUUCAGAUCAGGUGAUGGCGCUUAAGAUGAACAAGCUGAGCAGCAACAGAGCAAACAUGCUGCGAGAAGUCCAGCUAAUGAACCGCCUUUCGCAUCCCAACAUUCUCAGGUUCAAGGGAGUGUGUGUGCAUGAGGGCCAGCUGCACGCCUUGACGGAGUACAUCAACGGUGGCAACCUAGAGCAGCUUCUGGACAGCAACAAGCACCUAAGCUGGCCGGUCAGGAUAAAACUGGGCAGCGACAUCGCCAGCGGACUGGCCUAUCUGCACGCUAAAGGCAUCUUCCACCGGGACCUCACCUCCAAGAACUGCUUGAUCAAAUAUGACGACAACAGCUACACAGCAGUGGUGGGAGACUUUGGAUUGGCUGAGAAGAUCCCUACUAACUUCGCAGAGAGAGAGAAGCUUUCAGUGGUUGGUUCUCCUUUCUGGAUGGCUCCUGAGGUUCUGAGAGAUGAACCCUACAACGAGAAGGCAGACGUCUUCUCUUACGGCAUCAUCCUGUGUGAGAUCAUUGCCAGGAUCCAGGCUGACCCUGACUUUCUACCCCGCACGGUGAACUUUGGCCUGGAUUAUCACACCUUCCAGCACAUGGUUGGCGACUGUCCACCGGACUUCCUCCAACUGGCCUUCAACUGCUGCAAUAUGGACCCCACACUCCGUCCCUCCUUCACAGACAUCAUGCAGCACCUGGAUGACAUUCUGGCGCGCCUCAAGGUGGAAUACGUGGAGCACCUGUGCCCCCCCACUCUGGGCGGAGAGGGCGGCAACAAGACAAACGCCACCAAAGGGGAGAAGAUCCAGGGUCUAAAGCGACUCAACCCCCUCAUCUUCCACGAUGACAAAAUCCCCCCGAAAUCUCCCCGGCCCCGCCGCAACAUUUGGCUCAGCCGCAGCCAGUCGGACCUUUUGUCCUGCAAAGCGGGAAGGAAGGUGAACGUCCAGGACCCGUACUACGAGCCCCCGCCUGCCCAGCGAGCCCCCAAGGCCCAGAAGGUCAACCCCUUCACAGCGCGAGAGGACCUGUGUGGGGGCAAGAUCAAGUUCUUUGACGUACCCAGCAAGUCGGUCUUCUCGUUGGUCUUCGACCUGCACUCACCCCCUGGCAGCGCCUUCACCAGCCGACCCCUUGCACACAUCGCCGCCGGGCCCCAGCAGGCCUCGUCCUACUACUGGCAGCAGUUGCCAGGACGACAGUGUCACUCAUUGCCGGUGUCACCCCAACUGCCUCGCUCAGAGUUCUUGUACGCCGCCUCUGCCGCCCACAACGGCCUCACGCCCUGCAGCGCAUACCAGCGGACCUCCACCAUGUCGUCCCCCUUUUGGUCCGAGGCCGACCUGCCGGGACACGAAGUUCGUCAGAAGGCAGUCCUGAGCGGCUGGGCUAAAAAGUAUGUAGUGGUAGAGAUCCCGCCUUACUGCAGGCCAGAGGAGGACGAUGUGUUUGGGGAGAGCUGGUCUCCGAGUGUCCCUGCCGUGGAGGCCAUGGAGUGCUCGAGCACCCUGGAGGAUCAACAUGUAAUGCCACCUAAGGACCCAGAGGGAACCAUGAGGAGAGUCCGCAGGAAAGUGGCCAACAAGGAGAAGGUGUUUGGUUGUGAUCUUCAGGAGCACCUGAACGCCUCCAGUCAGGAUGUUCCACAGGUGUUGCGUUGUUGCACUGAGUUUGUUGAGCAACACGGCAUCGUGGACGGAAUUUACAGGUUGUCCGGCGUUUCGUCCAACAUCCAGAAACUCAGGAGCGAGUUUGAGAGUGAUGGGACACCCGAACUCCACAAGGACGUGUACCUGCAGGACAUCCACUGCGUCAGCUCGCUCUGCAAAGCCUAUUUCCGAGAGCUUCCCAACCCGCUGCUAACCUACCAACUUUACGACAAGUUUGCUGAGGCGGUAGCUGUUCAGCUGGAAGAGGAGCGUCUGGUAAAAAUCAGCGAUGUCCUGAAAGAACUUUCAGCGCCACAUUACAGGACUCUUGAGUUUCUGAUGUCCCACCUCGCCAAGAUGGCAUCAUACUCACCUGAGACCAACAUGCAUGCCAGGAACCUGGCCAUCGUCUGGGCACCAAAUCUUCUCAGGUCAAAGGACAUCGAGGUGUCUGGGUUCAAUGGUACUGCAGCCUUCAUGGAGGUCAGGGUUCAGUCCAUCGUGGUGGAGUUCAUCCUCACUCACGCCGCUCAGCUCUUUCCAGAACCAAGUAUAUCGUGCAACAGGAGGAAGUCUCUUCCCUCCCCACCAGCCCUUUUAAGUCAGGAAGAACCUUCAUUAAAGGCUCACCCUCCCGCCAACUUUGGAAACAUCAGUCCAGGAGAUGGUCCUCUUCCAAUAAGACCUUACCACGCUAUCAUAGAAGGGACUGACAAGAGGAAAGGCUCGUUUAAACAAAGGAAGUGGAUGUCCAUCUUCAAUAUCGGCGGUCGGUUCCAUGACCCGAGACGACGCCAUAAAGGCAAAGAAAAAGACGGACCAUUGUUGAGGCCUGCGAGAAGCAUGGACUCCCUCAGCAUCCCGUUAUAUUCAAAUGAAGGUUCUAAACAAGCUCUCCAAACGUCUAAUUUCACCAAAAUGUCGGGCUUGGAGGCUGCGGCAUCUCCUGGUCAAAUUGGCGGAAGUGAAUAUGCUGUGACCUAUCGCAGGGGGACAGGACUUGUAAGCGGUGGCACACAAGGAAUUUACACAGCCCUUGACCCUGAAGGUUUAGGAAGCACAGAAACUGACAACGUACUGUCCAGGUCACCGGGACUCACCACAAAAGUGGGUCGAAGAGCAGCAAUGCACAUCACGGGGCCUACCAUAGUAACAGUGCCGCUUCACAUCACGUCGAACCUGGCGUUAGGUGUGCUUCAAGGAGGUGGCUGUGAUAGGGUCGUCCACUGGGGCAGGGAUAAGGAGGGUGAAAAGGUGGAGGUUAAGGAUGGAGUAGACAAAGUGGAGAGGAAGGACAGUGGACAAGUGGAAGGGAAUAUAGAAACUGAAGCAGUGAUUAACAGGAAAGAAGUUUUGGACAAGGACGUACCUACUUUAGUUGACAAAAAAGAGGAGGACAAAAAGGUUUGUGGAUGGGAAAUAGUGACAGAAGAUCAAUGUGGGCCUAAAGAGACACACGCCAAAAGCCUGAACUCCAAUGCAGAUGAAGAUGUUGAGGACAAGCGUGAUCUCAAGGAAAUGCAAGGAGAGGCACCAGAUGAAAUUCAGCAGGACGCAACUGAACAUGAGGACAACCUUUUUGAUUCUUCCGACGUACUCAACUCCACAGAGGUGGAGCCUGAUGACCAGGCGCUGUCGGGCUAUGUUCAAGACAACUUUGAAUUUCUGGACCAAAUGGAUUGCAGCGUCCUGGAUCACAUGGAUGGCAGCGUUCCCUAUGAGGUUCCUCUCCACUUAAAUGAAUUCUCAGUUGAAACUCCUGGACAUUCGGAUGACGAGUAUGAAGUCAUGGAGCAGGCGUCACAUCAUUUCACUGGGACCGACAUAAGCCCGAAUACAAGUCCUGAAACAAGCAGUCAAAGCCAACCAAAGCCCCAACGACAGCUCAGCGUCAAGGCAAACGAGCGACAGGCAAAAUCCCUCAGUUUGCCUCACAUGACCUCACCAGUGGGCAAACCAGAUAGCUGCUCUGACGAAGACAUCACAGAUGAUGAAGUCUCCUAUAAUUACAGCAGUGAGGAAGAGGACAGCUUGUUUGUUAAAAGCCUCCCUCCUGAUUUCUUUUUAAACAAUUUCUGUGAUCUUCAAGUCGAUGACGCACAAGCUAGCUGCACUACCAGUGAUGAUGUUAGCGCUCAAGUAGAUCAGUCACAGAGAUGUGAAGUGAGUGGAGGUCCUCUUGAUUUUUCUACUACUAAGCAACUAAAUGAUGGAGAAGAGAUCGGAGGGGACAUGAAAGAUGGUCAGCAGCGAGAGGAGAUACCACAAAACAAUGACAAUGUUGACUUCGAUGAGAACAGCCUAAGAACAACAAACAAAGAUCACAAUGUCAUGGAAACUGGUCUUUAUCAGGAUUUAAAACCACCAUCACACCAAAGUGUGGAGCUCUCAAAGAAGGAGGACACAGAUGAGUCCAACGUUGUGGCCUCUGAUGUACUGGUGGACACGGGACAACAGGAGGAUGAAGAAGAAGUCUGUCAACUUCAAGUCUCCAUCUUUUUUGGCACCCAGAAAGAAAAGGAGGAGACCAAAGAUGUUUCUCGAGGAGCAGGAGGGGAGUUUAAGGCAGACCAGGAUGGUGGACAAGAGAGUGAAUGGAAAGAAGACGCUGGACAAGACAGAGAAGAAACGGGAAACUCACUUGAGCAAAAUAAGCUUGAAACCAAAAGAAGCAUCUCAGAAGCUCUCGCAAAUGAAAAUAGCGAAGAACUGCCUCAAAGAUUGUACAAUGAAAAGAUGGCAGUGCGCCACUCGGGGCUUGACGACACAAUCAAGAAAAUCUGGGAUGAGCUCGAGGAGGUCAUCUGUGAACUGAUCGAAGAUGAAGAAAAAAAGAUAGGUACAAGACAAGUCUGUGAUUGUGAGGAUACUCAGGUCUCAUUUGAGAAUCCUGUGCACUUUGAGGAAGAAGUGACAAACAAGAGCAAGUGUGACAUGGAAGACGAGAUGGAGACAAGUGUAGGGAAAGACCUUCAGGAUGAGACCAACUCAGCAGAGCAGGGCGAUCAAAAGGCGGCAAAAGAGGAAAAACGCAGCCUUGAGGAAGUGAUGCCAAGUCUUAAAGAGACACAACUCCAAGAGGUCAGUUGUGAUGUUCCACAGUCCAAAGAAGCUAUGACCUAUCAGAUGCGAGGAGCCAGCCAAGGAGCAGCCGCAAGGAAGCUGGUCAUCUCCAAAUCACCAAGAGUUUAUCAAGUUAAAGCUGUUCCAGUGGUCCCCCCAAAACCUCAACACUGCAAGCUAGCGGCCCUGAACCUCCGACAGCAGCAGCAGCAGCGAGAGAGGAGAGACGCCGACGUGCCUGAUGAAGAAGCGAGGGUGAAGAAAGAGAGUGUGCACAGGAAAGAAGGCGACGAUGGUGUCACCAGUAGGGACUCGCUCCGAGAGAGCCCACUCAGCAUGUGUUUUGACGAGGCCGUUGCCAUAGCUACCAUGAGGCGUGGAAAGGAGAAAGAGUGCGAGAGGGAAAGGCAGCGAGAUUGGGCAGAAGUCCAAUAAACUUAUUUUGGAAACAUGAAGAUUUUCUCUGGUCGUACAACUAAAAUAUGUCAGUGUGGACAGUUAUUUUUAAUCUCAUAAAAA